UCUCUUUAUCUUUAUCUUUAUCUCUUUCAUCUUAGUAUUUCUGUUUCUUUUUCUUUUUCUUUUGUUAGUGUAUAAACUUACCAACUCAAACAUGAAGACCCAACAACAUAGCAACGAUAAUAUUGCAUAUAUAUAUAUAUAUAUAUAUAUACGUAAUAGUGUGUAGAAUGGUCGGAAAGCAUCUUUUUCUCAUUGUUUACAUUUUGUUUUCAAGGACUUCUCAGGUUUCUCUUUCACAUCCUAACGAUACAUUACGCCGCUUUUUUUAUUGACGACUAAACAGUCCCUUUCUCAAAUUUAGUAGAAACACUUCAACGAAAAAUUCAGUCCCUAUUCAUUGCUCAAAAAAGACGGUUGAUACGAUUUUUUUUCUGGUCAAUGAAUCUAAAAGAAGCAAAUGUAAUUAGCAUUUCGGAAGAGGAUAUUUGGUUAUCUUCAAACAAUUUAGAGAUGGAAAGUAUUUGCAAUGUAACCAAUGAUUUUGUAGAAGACUUUGAUUUUUCAUCAAUUAGUUCAGAGGUUAACAAUGAAACUUCUAAUGGUUUUACUGAAACAUUGAGUGAUUCAAUAUGCAUAAGAAUGGAUAAGAAAGAACAUAUUGUUAAUCCAGAAAUAAUUAACUUAGAUUCGCAUAUACUUAAAUUAAUCUUAUUAGGGGCAGAAGAUACCAUAUCUUGUAUGUCGUUCCAAUGUGAUUCAAGAAAUAAUAAAGAAUUAUUGAAAUUACAAUCCGAAGAGGAUAUGUUAACGUUUAAGGAUCUGUGCAAUACUCGUAAUUUACCUAAUAUAUUAAGAGGUCCUAAAUCAUAUUCUAAGCGUAAAACAUUUUCUUUUCCAUUUGAUACAGAAGAUAAUUCUUAUUACACUAAUGAAAUGCUUGAGAAUAAUAUUUUUGUAGAAGAAAGUACAAAAAAUAUGGAGACAUCACAUCGUAAAAGAAAACAAAAACAUGAUCCGUUAACUGUUGAAGAGGAAUCAAUUAAUUGGGUGAUUAAUAGUACAAAUGAUUGUGAUAAUAGUUCUAAGAAAAAAAUUAAAUUAAACUCGAGAAAAACAACGGAACGUAAUUGUAGUAAUAAAAGAAAACAAAUACGUGGAAGGAAGUCAUUGUUAAUGAAAGAGGUAAAUAACGAACAACCUGUAAAUGAAACUUCUCAAAAAUCUAAUGUUACUUCAGAUUCUACUGCAUCUAUUUUGGAACAAGAUAAAGGAACAAGUAAUGAUGUAGAUAUUUCUCUCGAUUUCAUUACAUGUCAUGAAGAACAAAUUCACGAAGAUUAUAUAGAUCACUUUGAUAUCUUAACUGAUAUUUUAAAAGAACAACAAGUUUUGAAUGACAAUUGUUACAAUAUUAAUUCUAAUACCAUUUAUAGUUCUAAUAUUCUAGACUACCAAAAAGUAGAAUGUCACAAAUCUCUAAAAGAUAAUGUUAUAGAUCAGGUAGAAAAUAGUUCUGAAAGUCCAUCGGAUUGCAAGGAUUUUUCUCAUCAUAAGAGUAAAGAUUGUUUACUGUUUGAAGAAAAUUCAGAGACAAGUUAUGUUAAUAAUUAUCUUUCAAGUUAUUUUAAUGAUUCGUUGGAUAAUUCACUGGAUAUUGCAUCCUGCCAAGAACAUUCUACACAUAAUAUUAUACAAAAUUCUUUAAAUAAAGACAAAACUAAACAUUUGGAUAGUCUGUUACUUAAAGAUGAAGAAAAGUAUAAAGCUUAUUUAGAAAGUAAAUUAAAUAAUGAUUUAGUUUCUUCAAAUAGUAAUUUUCUACUUAUCAAUGUUAGUAAAAGUAAAACAGAUGAUUAUUUAAAUAAUAAUUUAGAAGAUUCAACUAUUGUAAAGCCAAAAUCAAAUACGCAGCAGAAUGUUCAAUUCGACGUACUUCCUGAUACAGAUCUUUCUGCACAAGUUUCAUUAGAUUCAAAAGACAUUUCAUCAACAGAUGUAUUAGAAAAUGAUAUACAUUUAGAAGAAGUAGUACAAGAAAAAAAAAGAACGCCCAAUAAGUAUAUAAUGGUCCACAAACUCAAUGAAGAACUUGAGUUAGAGUGUGAUUAUAAAGAAACAAAUGAUAAAAAAGCUUUAAUGAAAACUGAUAAUUCAAAUCAUAUAAAGAAAGUAAAAGAGGAUAUUAAGGAAACUUUGCAGUGUUUAUUAUGUCCAUUAACAUUUCCAUCCAAACGUUCGCUGGCGUUGCAUGUAUCAGGGGCACACGGAGAUAUGUAUAUGAUAUUAUGCGAACGUUGCGGUCGACUUUUCAAUAAAAAGUGUGUCUUUAAUAAUCACUUCAUAUAUUGUGGCUGUGUUAAAUUACCUUUUGAUUGUAAUAAGUGUAAUAAGAGUUACAGGCAUAAAUCAUCUUUAAUAUACCACCUUAAAAUUGUGCAUAAAAUAGAUUAUAAGAAAGAUACAAAUAAGGAAUAUAAAUGUGAUGUCUGCUCAAAAAUAUAUAAAAAGUAUGGUGCUUUUGAAAAACACUUAGGUACACAUAUUAAUUCCAAAAAGUCCUUGAAUUUAAGGGAUAAAAAUUGUACUCUCAUAGUCACCGUUUAAUAUACAUUAUUUUUCAUAUAUUACAUUGAAUACAUCGAUAAUAACUAUUCUUUUACAAUC